GUGGAUAAAAUCUCUCCAGCAGAAGUGACUCUGGAUCACGUGAAUCACGAUCUGCCGUCAUCGGCUCGGCAGGGCACUGUCAAGAAGGAUUCUGCGCAUCACACUCUCCCGACUUCGGCAGCUCCUGUCCCCACUGACAAACCAGAAGCUGUAGCUUUAGCUGCGGCAGCAAAAGCUCAGAGCCUUGACAACCUGAACUACCAUCGCCGCAUGGAACAGCUGACUGCCGAAAUAUCGCUGAGAGAGACAACUUUCGAAAGCAGCUCUUCCCAUGUCAACGAUAGUCCCAGUGGUGCUAUACUGUCUCUCACUAUGGGUUCGUAACUUCUUCCAAUCAUC